AUGAGGCCCGACUUAACGCCGAUUCCGACGACGGUUCACAAGCUCAGGAUCGCGAGUCUAUCUUAUGCGUAUAUAUUUUUCAGGAAGAUGUUCAUCGGCGGUUUGAGCUGGCAAACAACGGCUGAGGGCCUUCGCGACUAUUUUGGCCGUUUCGGUGAGGUUAACGAGUGUAUGGUUAUGCGGGACCCAGCGACUAAACGGGCUAGCCAUAGCCUGUUCGCUUUCAGAGGCUUCGGGUUUAUCACAUUUGUCGAUCCGGCUAGUGUAGAUAGGGUAUUGGCUACUGAGGAGCACGAAUUAGAUGGCAAAAAGAUUGAUCCGAAGGUCGCUUUUCCAAAGAGAUCGCAAACAAAGGUAAGUUAUGCAGUGCAUUUUACAGAUGAUGAUGCCACAGAUUUUUUAUUUCAUUGUGGGGAUUUAAUUGCUCAGACAAGGGUCCAGUGA